UCCAUGCACUCGUUCAUUUGCUCCAUACUCAGAUAUGCAAGUAGAAACAGACACCACAAGCCUUCAGAAAUAAUGUCACCCUUAGUCAAGACAUGCGUUCCCUUUGCUACAAAAAUAACAAAGAAAAUAGAUGUAAACAAAAAAUAUGAGGUAUGCAGAAAACUAAAGGAGUGUGUUAAGACUCUAAACACUUUACAGAGCAAUGCACAGACUCUAGAAAAGACGAGACUUACGCGGGAUAAACUUGCACCCCUGCAUGUUCCAAACAUGGUUAAAUGGGCGUCACGAGUAGGAAUAACGUUAGAUGACAUAGAUAGAUUAAAAGUCAUUCAUGUGAGUGGCACUAAAGGUAAAGGAUCAACAUGUGCUUACUGUGAGAGCAUUUUACGACACCAGGGUUUCAAAACAGGAUUUUUCAGUUCACCUCAUCUUGUAGAAGUUAGGGAGCGAUUUCAAGUAAAUGGACAGCCUCUGUCUCGUGAGAAAUUUGUCGAUUAUUUCUGGGAUGUAUACAACAAGCUAGAAGCUACUAAGGAACACAAUAAUGAAUCUAUGCCAGCAUACUUUGCCUUCCUUACCCUUAUGGCUUACAAUAUUUUUCUGAAAGAACAAACAGAUGUAGCUAUAAUAGAAGUAGGAAUAGGAGGUCAGUAUGAUAGUACUAAUUUAGUGAGGAAACCAGCAGUGUGUGGAGUUACCUCUCUUGGAAUGGAUCAUGUUUCUAUUUUGGGGAACACAAUUGAGAAGAUUGCUUGGCAAAAAGCUGGUAUUUUCAAACCUGGUGUCCCAGCCUUUACAUCUCCACAGUGUCCUGAAGCUCUCAAAGUUCUGCAUGAAAGGGCAGAGGAAAAGGGGUGCCAUCUAGAAGUAGCUCCCCACUUUUCUUCCUAUGAAAGACCAGGUGAGAAGUUUAAGCUUGGUAUUGCGGGACAUAUGCAGAAAGUCAAUGCUUCUCUAGCGUUACAAUUGACAAGGUCAUGGAUGAAAAGUCAGGGAGUUUUAAAAGAGGAAGUAAUGAAUGGUGUGAACAAAGUUGCUGUAAAUGGACAUGGUGAUUUAGGAGUAGCAAAGUCUUUCCCCUUCAACCAAUCUUUGAUAAAUGGUUUAGUUGAAUGUAAAUGGUUAGGGAGAAAUCAGACCAUAAAGAAAAACAAUUUAACUUACUAUCUAGAUGGUGCUCAUACCCUUGAAAGUAUUCAGCAGUGUGUUGAUUGGUUCCAAAAACAUUCCAAGAGAGAAGCAGACGGCAUUAGUGGUAAAGUGAUUAAAAUUUUGUUGUUUAACACCACUGGAGAUAGAGAUGUAACACAACUUCUAAGACCACUCAUGUCGUGUGGGUUUGAUGGUGCUGUUUUCUGUCCAAACAUAUCGUACACAACAUCAUCAUCUGCAGGUAAACGAUGUCAAGACAUCACUAAUAUGACUGUCUCUAAGGAAACACAACUACAGAAAUGUCAGCAUAAUAUGGAAACAUGGAAGAUGCUCUCACUUGCCAAACGAAAAUAUGGAGAGAUUGAAGAAGUUGACAGUCAGAAUGAUAGUGGUUCGUCUCCUUUGAAAAAUGGAGUACAUAGAAACAAUGAGAACAACUGCUCGAAUGGUACCAGUUUUUUGAAGAUGUCUAGAUUGACAGAAAAUUGUAACAAUAGUAACUCAUCAUCAGAUCAUGUAGAUAAUAGUCAGUCACAUGAUAAUAUUGACCAAUCAAAACAGAAUAAUACUGCCUCAUCUUCAAGUUGUACAGAUUCUCAGGAUUUAGGCACACAGAAACAACUCAGUACUAACUGUGAUAACUAUUUUGUAAACUUUUCUUGUAUUUAUGAUGCCCUUCUUUGGGCAUCGCAUGGGAGGGACCAGAAUUUGAAGGAUCCUUGUAACCUCCCUGCUCAGAUCCAGGAGGCAGAUCAUGUACAGGUUUUAGUCACAGGGAGUAUACAUCUGGUUGGAGGGGUACUGGGAAUUGUUAGUGAUGAUUACAAUUAAAUGUUAGUGAUAUUUUUAACAUUAAUAUUUUUAUGACGGCUUAUUGAUUCGAAGGGGAAAUUUACUUCUUUUUUUUAUCCAUUCAUACUAUUUGAGGAAGCAUUUCAUUUGUUCCUUCAGUUUUUCAUUUGUUUUCUUUUGAAUUGAGGUCUGGAUCAUCUGAUCUACUCAAAGUCAUAGAUGAGUUAUGUCUUAGAACACAGCUCAAACUUAACAUUUGUGCCAUGACCCUGAUUCAAACCUGGGUUGUUGCAACACCAAGUUAGGUUUAAUUUUUAGUUGUGUACUUCAUGUUGUUAUAAGUUUUAAGUUGAUUGUAAAGAAAAUACUACUGUACACUUCAAUAUUUUGUAUCAUUAUUGGCUAGAGUUAUAGAACAAAGUUAAAACAGUUCAUCAACAUGCACAAUUAAAUCACAUCUGAUAAGAGUUUACACAAGAACAUUUUAUGCCUCAUUUAUGGGCAUUAUGUUUUCUGGUUUGCCCAACCAUUUGUCCGUCUGUCUGUCUGUCUGUCCAACUUCAGGUUAAAGUUUUUGGUCAAGGUAGUUAAUGAUGAAGUUGAAGCCCAAUCAACUUGAGAAUUAGUACACAUGUUCCCUAUGAUACUAUCUUUCUAAUUUUAAUGCCAAAUAUUUUUUUUUAGCCAAUUUGCACAGUCCACUGAACUUAGGAAAUGAUAGUGUGGAUGGUGCAUCCAUGGACUAGGGACACAUUCUUGUUUGGUUUAUGUUUUUUUAAAUUUUAUUAGUUGAUCCAAUUUCUGAAAAAGUACAGGGAUUAGUAUAUGUGUACCAUAGUGCCAAUUAUAUUUCCUUUAUAAAAAAAGAUGAUUUUAGAGUUGCAAAAUAUUAGUCAAGCACACCUGUUCAAUUUUAUUUUCCAAUAACAAUUUGGUAUAGCCACUCAUCAGGGUUCAAUAUUGUUUUUCUAAAUAUGCAAAAGAUUUUAUCAUAAGGUAAAUAUUAUUCAAUACACCAAUUUUGAGUUUAUCAAAACAUGUUUUUAGUCUUAAACAUCAGAUGUGUUUUGUUGUGAUGUAGGACAGUAAAAUGUUUUUUUGUUUUCUGCAAUGAAGAAAAAAGUAGAACUUGAGCUAAUGUGGGUAAUAAAGAUAGUUUUUGUUAAUGAUAAAUGACAGUCAGUGUAUUUUGGAAUGAUGGUAUCAGAAGUAGGAUUUUUUUCUAUCUGGAAUAAUUUAAAAACCUAAGAUUCAAUUUUCUUUAAAACCAAGAGAAGCAGAUUUUGUAAAAAUGUUGACUUGGAUGUGAAGUGUUCUUUGUGUUUGUUUAUUGUAACUUGAUCCUAUGCUUGAAAUCCACACUUUAUUGAGGUCUUGAACUCUGGACUCUCAUUGAGGUUUAUGAAAUGGACAAUAAUAAGCCAUAAAAUUAAGAAUAGAGAAGUUUGGUUAAAAAAUAAAGAAUGGUAAAUAAUUGGGGCUUAGAAAUAUAAAGAAUUGAGAAUAAAAGGCCAAAGAUUGAGAAAAAUGGCAAAAAAAAAAUUGAUUAAAUAAUGAGGAUCCAUAACCCAAAUUCUAACCAGGCCUUCCAAAACCAGUCAAUGAUUUUUUUUUGUGAGAUUCAUUAUGAUGAUUUAAAUUUUAAUUAGUUAAUGUGGUAUUUUUGGGGUGUUUUUUUUUUUUUACAAAAACUGAUUAUUUGUUUUUUUCAAAUGUUGAUUGUGAUAAAUGAUCAUUACUUAUUUUGUGGUAUUUUAAUGAGGGAUACAUUUUGUUUCAUUUUUUCAUUAUCAUCUUUAUGUUAAGAUUCUGUCUCAGUUAUCCAAUAUAUAGUUGAGGUUGAAGGGCGUGUGAUUAUAUUGGUUGAUUUUUAAUACAGCAUUUAUACAGAUUGUUGAAAAGGCAAGAAUAAGUUUUCUCUUGACAAAAGUUAAGUGAAUAUUGUUGCUGCUUUAUCUAUAUGAUGUAUGUUUAUCCAAAGAAAUCAUUUAUAGAAUAUGACCUAGGUGUUUUAACUUAUAACUUUUUACUAUGGUAUAAAUUGUAAAAAUUAUCAAAUCCAAAUCUAGUUUGAUUUUUGCCGUCAUUGAUCUUAGGAAUUUGGAGUUAUGUCUGUCAAAGAAAACAAACACAAAAUUGAUAAUCAUGACUUUAAGGAUGAAGGUCAGAUUUGGGGUCAAAUUGCCAGAGAUCAAAUGUACUCUCAAACUGUCUCUGAUUUGCAUAAGCAAUGUUGAAUUUUUAUACUUUGAUUUGAAAUUGCAAUUUUGGCUUUGGAUAUACUCUUUCAAUAUUUCAUACACCUUUUAAGAGGGGGGAUAGGACCUUUAUCGGGACUAUUAACAUUUAAGGACCCGUCCUAUCCCCCCUCUUUUAAAGAACAGUUAAUUAAAAUGGGAAAAUUCUGUAAAACCUUGAGUAUAUGGUUGGAUAUUUUCAGAAAAUUAUAGAGCAUUUAGGCAUCUUUGUUAAGAUUUUUUAUUGUCAUACUUUAAAUUAUGAUCAAAUAAUUUUCAAGAAAACAAACACUCAUGGUUGUUUUUUUAAUUGGUGACAAUCUUUCGGUGAAUACAAUUUGAAUAUUCUUUUUUAAACAAUACUAAUGAAUUUCCUUAAAUGUUAAUAGUUAUGAUAUUAUAAAAAGAUAUUAUUUUAUUCAUAGAUAUAUUAUUCAAAGAAUUGUACACUUAAAGUGUGACUUUUUGUUCUAUCAAUUUUGUAUCUUUUUGUCCUGUGACUUUCUAUCUGUUUACCAAAUUUAUAUAUCAUGUUAAAUGAUCAGCAUUUUUACUGUGAAAAUAGAAUUGAUGUUUGAUUAAUAAAAUUGUAUAAAAUUCUAUAAUUUUGAGCAUUUAACAGAAAUUUUCCUCUUUUUAAAUGCUGACAAAUAUUAUUUCUAUAAGGGUUCAAUGAUGAAAUGUAAAAAUGAACAUAUUUUGAUAAAUUGAAUUUAAUGGUUUAUUAUAAUAAACAACUAGUCCUAGAUCCAUAACAGCAUUUUGUCAAUAUCAUGUAUAUGUUUCACGUUUUAUCAGCAGUUGCAAUACAAAGAAUAUAUAAUUCUGUUUUUCAGCAUUAUUCAGUUUUUAAAUAAAGAGAUUAGUGCACACAAGUGUUUUGUAUAAUGAGCCAUACAUAAUAUUACCAUGAAAUGCAUAAGAGUGUUCCCGCCUUAGUAUAAGUAAAUACCGUAGUAUGAUAUGUACUUUUAAUGGAGGAUUACACAAUUAUUUUAU